GGCCGCCAGGAGUCCGGGGGCGGGGCGUGCAGGUCCGACCCCGCCUCCCGCUCCCCGCCCCUCGCGCGCAGCCCGCUGCGGCCAUCUUUACUCAGGGCACAGAGGGUCUCUGCGGCCGUAGCGGCUGGGGCUGCGGUAGCCACUUUAGAUUUGGGCAAGGACUUUAGAUUCGGGCUCUGUUCUGUUUCCGCCGUCCCGCUUCCUGCCGAGGCUGGCCCAGGCAGCCGCGCUUCGAAGGACGCCGCCGGGAGCUGCGGAGCAUGCGUGGAGUGGCAGUGCUAACGGCUGGUGUCUCGCACCGUUGGCCUGUGAAGGUACGUGAAGCUGAAAGCCUGGAAUGGCUGGAAAGGGGUCAUCAGGCAGGCGGCCCCUGCUGCUGGGGCUGCUGAUGGCCGUAGCCACUGUCCACCUGGUCAUCUGUCCCUACACCAAAGUGGAGGAGAGCUUCAACCUGCAGGCCACACAUGACCUGCUCUACCACUGGCAAGACCUGGAGCAGUACGACCAUCUUGAGUUCCCCGGAGUCGUCCCCAGGACGUUCCUCGGGCCAGUGGUGAUCGCAGUGUUCUCCAGCCCCGCGGUUUACGUGCUUUCGCUGUUAGAAAUGUCCAAGUUUUACUCUCAGCUAAUAGUUAGAGGAGUGCUUGGACUCGGCGUGAUUUUUGGACUCUGGACGUUACAAAAGGAAGUGAGACGGCACUUCGGGGCCAUGGUGGCCACCAUGUUCUGCUGGGUGACGGCCAUGCAGUUCCACCUGAUGUUCUACUGCACGCGGACACUGCCCAAUGUGCUGGCCCUGCCUGUAGUCCUGCUGGCCCUCACGGCCUGGCUGCGGCACGAGUGGGCCCGCUUCAUCUGGCUGUCAGCCUUCGCCAUCAUCGUGUUCAGGGCGGAGCUGUGCCUGUUCCUGGGCCUCCUGCUGCUGCUGGCCUUGGGCAACCGAAAGGUUUCUGUAGUCAGAACGCUUCACCACGCCAUCCCAGCAGGGAUCCUCUGUUUAGGACUGACGGUUGCUGUGGACUCUUAUUUUUGGCGGCAGCUCACUUGGCCGGAAGGAAAGGUGCUUUGGUACAACACCGUCCUGAACAAAAGCUCCAACUGGGGGACCUCCCCGCUGCUGUGGUACUUCUACUCAGCCCUGCCCCGCGGCCUGGGCUGCAGCCUGCUCUUCAUCCCCCUGGGCUUGGUAGACAGAAGGACGCACGCACUGACGGUGCUGGCGCUGGGCUUUGUGGCACUCUACUCCCUCCUGCCACACAAGGAGCUACGCUUCAUCAUCUAUGCCUUCCCCAUGCUCAACAUCACGGCUGCCAGAGGCUGCUCCUACCUGCUGAAUAACUAUAAAAAGUCUUGGCUGUACAAAGCGGGGUCUCUGCUUGUGAUCGGACACCUCGUGGUGAAUGCCGCCUACUCGGCCACGGCCCUGUAUGUGUCCCAUUUCAACUACCCAGGUGGCGUCGCAAUGCAGAGGCUGCACCAGCUGGUGCCCCCCCAGACAGACGUCCUUCUGCACAUUGACGUGGCAGCCGCCCAGACAGGUGUGUCUCGGUUUCUCCAAGUCAACAGCGCCUGGAGGACUGUCAGCAACUGGAGGGCACAGACGGUUUGACCAUUGAGUGCCGGUUUCAACAAAUGUCCACCAACGAAAUGAAGGGAAUGUACGAGAUAAAAUGACUCUCCUAGUGUCAUUCAGGAAGGGCCACAUUUUCUGUUGAGUAAAGCAAGCCCUCAUUUUUUUCUGCAAUCCCCUUUUAUACACUGACUGUUACUCAGAACACUUCAACUAAAAAUACAGCAGCAUGAAGCUGAAAGCUUAAAAAAACAAACAAACAAAAAAACCAUAAAGGCAGGCUAGCUCAAGGGCCAGCAAACUUGCUGUUCUGGAAAGGGCCAAACAGUGAGUAUUUUCAGCCCUGUUUGUCCCUUUCAGUGGGCCUGUGGUCUCUGUCACAACUAUUCAAUUCUCCCGUCGCAGCCUGAAAGUAGCCAAGACAACAUGUUAAAAAAAAAAACAGCUGUGACUGUAUUCCAAGAAAAUUUCACUUAGAAAAAUGGGCAGAGUGCCGGACUGGGUCUGUGGUUGCAGCUUGCCCAUCGUGGACUAGACUAUAUGCUCUGUGAGACUAGAGACUGUGUCCACGGAAAUCUCUGUUGCAUUCCAGGAACUAGCCCAGGCCCUGGAAAAGGGAGGGCACUUCAUCUCAGUUGAAUGAAUGAGUGGAUACAAUUCUGCUACAGUUAGUUGUGCUGGCUUGUUUUGGAGAGAAAAUCCAUGAAGCUCAAUAUCCCAAAAUUCUAAGGAUAUUACCAUUCCAAAUACAAUCUUAAGAAACACAGGACUGCAAGCUGGUCGUGAGCACAGCUAAGCAAGAACUGUGGCUCCCUCCUAUCCUGUGCGCAAGCCUUUCUACACCAGGAUGACACUGGCCAGGGCUGCUGGCGAGGGAGAGAUGGGUGGGCCAUGGACCCCACCUCCUCUGCAGCCUCACGGGCACUGUCCCUGACCAGCCCUCCUGGGCACUCUGGAAGCAGGCUGUUCUCACGGGAACAAGCACACAGCUACCGGGUAAGAGGUCACCAGGAAGAGCGUGCACAGAGGCUGCGGCCAAGGCAACCCCUCAGGGCUGCCCACCGGCUCCUGCAUUCUGGCACCACUUGAACAUGAGACCUGGAAAGUCAUCACCAUGGCCAUGAUCAGAACUGUUGUUGUAAGAAUUACAUCUCCACUUCCCCGGAGCCCUGUCUGGGGUUAAGGUGAAAUUUCAAAUGCUGCCCAAGUAUGGGCUCUAGAUAAUGGACCACAAAGAAUAUGCCUGUUUUCUUAUCCUAAAAAUAAAAAGCCAGUGUCUGCCAGCACUAGAAAAUUGCAAAUAAAAAGUUUAAUUUCAGAAA